AGCGGAAGUGAGGCGCAGAGGAAUAGAGUGGCGGCCUGCGGGCUAGAGCGUCUCCACCGCUCCCGCAGCCGGAGUGUUUACUUCCAUGGACGGCUCCUGGGUUCCCCGGCCCCUAGUGCGACUGCGCGGCCCGUAGGGCUCUCGACUCCAGGGCCCUCCUCCCUCUCGGCGCCGGGCUCCUCCAUGGGGCCCGGAUUCCCAGCCCCCGGCCCUGCCGCCUGGACCCCCUCCCCUUGGUCCAGGGAUAGCGGCCUGGCGUCCGUUGCCCUCCGCCUGAGCGGCUCCGUCUGAGUUCUUCCCCCGCCCCACCCCCGCCCCGGAGCCCUCCGCCGACCCCGCCCACAUCCCCUAGUCUCCGUACGGACAGGCGUCUAUGGCCCCCUAGUAUCUCGUCCCCUUCUAACGUCUGGGGCCCGCCAGGGCCCGGCACAGAGAGGGCACCAUGGCCGAGCACGGGGCUCACAUCACGGCCGCUCCUGGCGCAGAUGACCGGCCCUCCAUCUUCGAGGUGGUAGCGCAGGACAGUCUGAUGGCCGCCGUGAGGCCCGCCCUUCAGCAUGUGGCCAAGGUUCUUGCAGAAUCCAACCCUGCCUACUAUGGCUUCCUCUGGAGGUGGUUUGAUGAAAUCUUUACUUUUCUGGAUGUUUUGCUACAGCAGCACUACUUGUCUAAAGCCAGUGCCUCUUUCUCUGAAAACUUUUAUGGCUUAAAGAGGAUCGUGAUGGGAGACCCAAGAGGGGUCCAGAGGUUGGCCAGUGCCGGCCUCCCAAAGAAGCAACUUUGGAAAUCCCUCUUAUUCCUGGCCCUCCUUCCCUACUUGAAAGUGAAGUUGGAGAAGUUGGUGUCCAGCCUAAGAGAAGAGGACGAGUAUUCCAUCCAUACCCCCUCUUCCUGUUGGAAGCGGUUUUACCGAGCUUUCUUGGCAGCUUAUCCCUUUGUGACCAUGGCUUGGGAAGGCUGGUUCCUCAUACAGCAGUUACGUUACAUCCUGGGGAAGGCUCAGCAUCAUUCUCCCUUGCUGAGCCUCGCUGGAGUUCGGCUAGGUAGAUUAUCAGCAGAGGAUAUCCGAGCUUUGGAAAAGACCCUGGCUGGAGCUAGUGGGAUGCAGCAGCCAGCCACUAGUAUUCGAGAGAAGGUGCAAUCAGCUGUCAAGAGAGCUAUGGGAGGCCUUGCCUUGUCCGUCUCCACAGGCCUCUCUGUAGGUGUUUUCUUCCUGCAGUUCCUAGAUUGGUGGUAUUCAUCAGAGAAUCAAGAAACCAUCAAAUCCCUGACGGCCCUGCCAACCCCACCACCCCCGGUGCACCUGGACUACAACUCGGAUUCUUCUCUUUUGCCAAAGCUGAAGUCUGUGUGCCCCUUAUGUCGCAAAACCCGGGUGAAUGACACUGCGCUUGCCACCUCUGGCUAUGUGUUUUGUUACCGAUGUGUGUAUAACUAUGUGAGGAGUCACCAAACCUGCCCCAUCACAGGCUAUGCUACAGAAGUCCAGCACCUGGUUAAACUGUACUCAGUGUACUCCCCCGAAAACUGAAUGACUUUGCCAGCUGUGCCCCAUGUGACUGCUCUGCCUACCCCAUCCAUUCUGCCAGAGUGGGAUUCAAUACAUGGUAUUGCUCAGUCAGACCCAUCCAUCUUAGUCACCCAUCUCAGGACCACCUCAACCUUAAAGAGCCUAGCAAAACAUGUUUUAAAAUCAAAUACAUACUCAUUUGAAUGUAGCCUAUUAAUAUGCCUUCUAACUCCCAUCCAGAAAUUAAUGAAAACAGUCAAGUUGCUAUAUGAAGACAUAACCAAGAGUCAUUACUGGGGGGGACAGAGUUGUCGUGAGGAUCACAUGAACUAAGAUACGGAAAGCACUUUAAUCAAGCUAUAUGAGUGCUGUAUUACUAUGUGGAGGGAGGAUGAGGGAGUGAUACAGUGCCCAAUCUCCACUGUCUCCUCCUGUACCUUGCAUCCAGACUACAGUAGCCCUAUCCAGAUAGGGACAGACAUGCACUAGGUAAGCUCCUUUUUCAAGGAUGCUUGUCUGCCAAUAAUGUCUAGGUGUUCAAGGAGGGUUUUGUUUGCUUUGAAUGGAAAUAAAACUUUAGAAAACAAGUCACUUUUUCAAACUGACACCCCUAAGCACAGUACUUAUUAAUGCCCCAUCUAGUUUGGACUGUGAUUUAGAGUGAAUCUUUCACAAGAAGGUACAUAAUUUACCUGUCUUGGGAACCUGGAUAAGAGCAAAUAAUGUAUUGGGUUGAUUUUCCAUUUAGAGCAGUCUGAGAAUUUUAAGUGUGAAAGUCAAACUGACAAACCAUAAGGAGAAAAUAACAGUUAGACCUACACUAAUUCAACUCUCAUAGAGUCGCAGUGUUAGAGCUGGAAGGCUUUUUAGAGGCUCUAGUCCAAGCCCCUCGCUUUAGAGAGGGGAAGAAUAGAGCCUUCUAAGUGAGGGAUUGGCCACGGUCACCCAGCCAGUUACUGAAAGAGCCAGGACUAAAAUCCAGGCACCCUGACUUCCUCACCCAUGCUCUUUUCUCCACUGUGCCACAAAUAACAGGGAGCAGAAAAAGCUUUGUGUGAGCAUUUUCUGCUAACUCCCAGAAGCGUUUGCAAAGCUAGCAUGAACACGUCUCACCACUACUAAUAGCAAUUUUUAUGAAGCCCCCUCUGUAAUGUAGCCCAAAAAUAAAUUGUGGUUUUACACAACACAAAAA